UCGUGACGCAUGGAGACUUUUAUUGUGUAAACACGUCGUUGUCGUGGCGACACAGGAACUCGGUCCAUUUAAUGCUCAGGAGUCAGUCGUUUGUAAAACAGAAAUCUGUGAUCUCGUUUUGAUGAAGUAACUUCAGGUGAAGUGAUCGCUGCGAUGUGUUUAUUGCUCGGUGCGUCUGGAGCAGGAAAAACGCUUUUACUGAAGCGACUACAGAAGUUGUGUCAGAUGGGUGCACAGGAGGAUUUGGGGGAAGCGCCCGUCACGCUGCCCACGGUCGGCACCAACCUCACAGACCUCACACUCCGGAAGAGGAAGAUAACGGUUCGAGAGCUGGGGGGCUGUAUGGGGCCCAUUUGGCCAAAAUACUACUCCGAUUGCAGAUCUGUUAUAUUUGUGGUGGACAGUGUCAACACCGUCCAGAUCUCGUCGUCUUGUGUCCAGCUGCUGUCUGUUCUCUCUGCCGACCCGCUGCAGUCUGCUGCUGUACUCGUACUCUUCAACAAGAGGGAUCUUUCUUGCACCAUGUCUCUGGUGGAGCUGAAGGCGUUGUUCAGGAUGGAUGACAUCAUUAGAAGUGCGCCUCAGUCGAUCUCAACACUAGAGACCAGCGCUCGCUCCGGACAGGGCCUUCAGGAGCUGCUCAGCUGGCUGUUUUCACACCGCUCUCAUGAUACAGGAUAGAUGAGAACUAAUAUUACAUCACAGGAAACAAACAUCAGACAGAUGUGAUGUGGCGAUACACUUGUGAUGUUCAGUCCUCUCAUGGCUUUGAGCUCAGCUCGGUCCCACGCCACAUGUUUGUGCAAACACACUAAUCUGAGAAACAGCUGGGAAAAAAUGUAGAAGAACUGGAGAACUUUUGAUUACCGUCAUGUCGUUAAAGACCUGUAUGACUUCCUGUGCGCUGGUUAACAGUUUAUGUGGAAGAAUUGUUCCAAAAUCUAUAUUAAAGUUUAGUUUGAAGUGCAGGAAUAUUGCGUUUUUUCAAGAUAAAGAAUCUAAACUAUAAGCAGCCGUUCAUGUGAGAUGUAGUCAGUGGAAUGGGGAAGUAAAAAGAAAGACCUAUAAUAAAGCAUUAAGCCCCAAAAAGCUGUGGUUUACAGUGAAUUUAUAACAGCUAAGGGCAUUGUUUAGGCACGACACGGAGCACUCUCUUAGCUGUUGUAAAUGUACUGUAAACCACAGCUUCUUGGGGCUUAAUGCUUUUAUAAAACGGUUGUUCCAUAUUCAUAGCAAGGUUUCAGAAAUAAAGCAAAGCAAAUAAAAUUUAAUGAUAUUAAUUAAAAAAAACUUUCUUCCACCAAACAAUGUAGUUCCUCAGAAACGGUUGUGAUUGCAUCAAAGUGGUUGCCAAGCAACACACAGACGUAAACAAAAGCGUGUAUGUUAGAAGAGUAUUUUACAACAGCUUCAAACGUGGCUUAACCAAUCAGAAUCCAGGACUGGAACUAUGUCAUGGGUGAGAUGCUAAAAACAUUCAUCUAGCAUGUCUUUGCGUAGAAAAACCAACGCAGAAGAGCCCAAAUAUUUUACUAAGAGUGGCCAAAAAUAAACAUUUUAUUGAGCACUCCAAGUAUUAUUAUUUUCUCUAUUAUAUUCUCUACAUCUCGAUGCAAAAAAUAAAUGUUAAAAAGACUAAUGAUAUGAUUGGUCAAAUCGAAGGGCAUCAGGGGCUAACAUUGGCCCGCAGACCCUAAUUAGGGAACCUUCAGUCUAGAGCAUGUUUAGAUAGAGAAACAACAGAAAAAACGUCAUGCAGGGCAGACAAAUGUGGGGGGGGGGGGGUGAUAUCUAGAGAUUUGUUUUAUAAAAGUUAUAAAAAAGUUGUCAUCUUAUUCGAUCGGUGCAAGACAAAGCAAAAGGGUCAAAGUCUGUCUACUGCAUGUUUACAACACAAUACAAACCUGUGUAAUAUCCCUGUGUGAUUAUGACGUGUAGUGUAGACUAUAUGAGACAUUUUGGUCACACAAUUUCCAUUCUUCAAUUUGUAUCAUUUCAUAGUUUUCUAAAAUGUGGAAAAAAGAAUAAAUUAUGAGUAU